AUGGGCUAUUCAAGGUUUCCAAAUGAGGAUCCUCAAGUGGCAGCCCGGUUUAAGUUUGAGGAGGAUCCUCCAGUGGUUCCUAUUUGGGUAUCACAACAAGAAUUUCCAAUUGAAUUCUUAACUCCGAAGAUUCUUUUCACAGUUGCCACAGCGAUUGGGGAACCUCUCCAAGUAGAUACUCCGACGUUGAAUUUGACAUGGCCAUCGGUUGCUCAACUCUGCGUUGAAGUAGACUUGACAAAAGAACUGUCGAAGUCCAUCAAAAUUUGGAAACAAGGAAAGAAACACGAAGAAUUGUUCACCUAUGAGUACGUGCCAUCUUUUUGUUCCAAAUCCAAAAAGAUCGGUCAGAAGGAGGUAGAAUGUGGCAAGGGCAAAACUUUUCCGCCUGCGCAAGCUGUGAAAAACCCUAGUCAAGAAAAACAGCUGCAGAAGGAUGUGAAGGGUAAAGGCAUUCUGAUUAAGAAGUCUUCCAAGUGGAAUUCAAAGCCAUCUACUACUGUGGCAACCGUAGAGCCAAAAAGUGUGCAAAUUGAAGGGGAUCUGCACUCGUCAGAGUUAACGGUUGCGGAGAAAACUCGAAUUCUGGUUGAUGUGAUAAAUGAUUCUAGCCCUUCGACUGAUGUGCCUCAGAAAAUUGAUGAACUGGUGCAGGAAGUGCAAAACGAGUGUAAUGUUCAGGAGGAAGUAAAUGAUACUGAGGAUGAAAGUGAAGAGUCUAAGCAGCCUGAUGAGGAAGCCACUAAUGCUGUAAACGAACUGUCUGCCAAGGAGAAUCUGUUGGUAAGAAGUCCGAUCCAAUGCUCUGAUCGAGUCGUCCAUUAUGCGUCUGAUGAAGAACCUGGUACUAAAACAGGUGGUUUAUUUGAAGAGGAGGAAGUAGAAGGAGGGCGCUGGUCGGAAGGGGAGAUGGAAAACCCACAGCUGGAAGAGUUAAGCCAAGGCUUUGUUACUGUGAAGAGGAAAAGAGACUCUUGGAAUCAGCCGGUUGUGGGUUAUGGUAUGCAUGCUUUCUCUAUGAAGCUACGAAGGCUGAAAUUGGCAUUGAAGGAAUGGAAUAAAAGUUCUUUUGGGAAUGUCUUUGACUAUCCUAAAGAAGCUGAAGAGGCGGGCUGGCCUUUUCCAUCCUCUACUGUAACUGAUCACCAAAGACCCCCGCUUGUUUUGAUAGCGCAGAUCUACAGAUCUAAAUCUGGUGAUCAGAUCGACAGCAACCGCGGUGACAUGAUUGUCACUGAUGAUUUAGAUGAACGGCCUCCACUUGUUGUUGCAGAACCAGUCACAACAAGACGGAUCCACGGCGACGUUGCCAGAUCUGUUGAGAUCUGCAUAUCCUUUCUGAUCAGAAAUCCAGCCGCCGCCACUAUCUUCUGCUCUCUUUAG